UUCGGACUAUAAGAAGCACCUUUUUGUCUCCCAAAAGGGAGUGAAAAUGUCUGUGCAUCUUAUAGACCAAAUAUUGCCAAAGUCCCGCCCACCCAUUAGCCAUUUUUGGUCUCUGAACGCCGCAUUUUCGGGUCUUUUUUUGGCCUUUUUCAGGCCUUAUUUUGGCCCAUUUUUGAGGCUUUUUUUAGCCUGUUUUUUUGAAUGAAUAAAAUAAUCUAAUAAAGUAAUAAGCCAUUGGACAGAUUCAAGCUGCCAAUAGAGGCUGAUGAUUGGCAGACACUGAAGCCCUGUCCUUUGUGUGGGAGCCUGACUGAGGCGCAAGCCUAGUGAUCUGCUGCUUGCCAUCUAUUCCUAUAUUUUAAUUUCAAGAGAUAUAUUUAAUUAGAAUACAUUUUCAGUGAGAAUUCAAUUUAUUACAAUUUACUGUCUCACUUGGUAAUUUAACUACAGCUCCUGAUAUUAACUUUUAGCUCAAAGCUUAGCCAUGAUUCAUAGUCUUUUACAGUGAUAUUUCAAAUUAUUCAUAAUUCAUUAAUGAUAUACUGCAUUAGGAAAUUUUUAGAUCCCUUGUGUGCUAAUAUGUAUUUUACUUAUUCUUUUUGCGAGUCAUUUAUUUCUAUUUGCUUAUACUUUUUCUUGAAAAUGUCUAUAUAAAUAAAUACCCAAAACCUUUCUCUCACAACCAGACUUUCAUACAGACAGUUUAUUUAUGCAACAAGGAUGAUGUUUAAAGCAUGGGCACCUUGAACAGCAGGGCUGAUUUAAUAUGCUGUGAGACAUAAUCCAGUUGAGAUACUAUCAGCCUGUAGGAUAAAGUUAAUUUAUGUGAGAGAACAAUUUGAAUGCUUGAGUUAUUGAUAGUCUUACCAGCUAGGUUACUUAUCAACCAGAUGGCAUUUCAUAAGUGCCUCACUCUGGUCAAUAUAAUAGUUAAUCCUCCCUAGAUUUUAAUAAAGCAGGCCGUGCAGAUCAAAACAAAGAUAUUAGUUUGUUUUGCAAAUAUUUCACAUUAUUUGGAUAGCAACCCAGUGUUUGAUUCCAAGAUCGGACUGGUUUCAGCAGGAGUCGAGAUUGACCUGGAGGAUGGCAUAAUACGUCAAGGCAAAGUCAUUAUAGUAAAUUAAAUCAACCUUACAUCUUGGACUACCUAGCUCCAUAUUGUUGACCCUUGAUUGGCAAGAAUUUCCUAAGGUUUUUUUCCAUUCUUAUCUGAGGAUCCAUGGAAUGAACUUGAAGGAAUGUUACAUGCUCCUUUGGAAAUAAGAAAAACAAAGUUUGAGAAAUUGCAAGCCAAGUUUCAGUGCAGCUGUUGUCCAAAUACAACAGGAUUUGUUCCGAAGACUUUCUGAAAUCAAGCAAUAUACAAACUUCUCAUUGCUAGUCCCACAAAAAUCAUUAUGUUCAGGAAUUUUAAGUAUUCUAAUGAAUACACCACUGACUUAAAAGACAUUUGUGCAUCUUCUGAUGGAAGAAGAAUGCUUGACUGUAUAUACUUUAUAGAUUAGAUCCCGGCCCUUAAAUAUGACAUAUGUAUACCAUUAUUCUGGCUAUUUUAUUAGAAUUCUACACAUCAAUUUUAAGUAAAACAAUGUUUCUAUAGUCUCACAAUUCAUACAAAUGAAAAAAUCAGGCUUAGGACAUUUAAACAAAAUGAAUAAAUAAAUCAGCUGUUUAUUUGGACAGAUCUAAAGCAUGAGAAGACGGUAAAUUUGCCAUGAGUGUUCUUUAUCUGGAGCUAAAAUGGAGUGAAUGUAGUGGCCCUGUUUUUACCUAGGUUGUGCCAUGAUGUUAUAUUUUAAGAGUUCUGUCUCUAUGACAGGUUGAAGAGCUGAAUAUGGAGAAUGUCAGGCUGCUUCUGCAAAUUGAUAAUGCCAGGCUGGCAACAGAUGACUUUAAGCACAAGUUGGAAGUAGAACAGGCUGCAUGUGACACUGUCCAGAAAGACACACAAGGAUUGCGCAAAAUCAUAGAUGACACCAACUUCCUACGUUUGAAGCUAGAAGGAGACCUGGACUCCCUCGGGGAAGAACUAGCACACUUGCGCAAAUGCCAUGAGGAAGAGGUGGAAGCUCUCACUCCUCUGGUGGCCAACUCUGAUGUAACAGUUCAAGUAGACAACCCACAGAAGAAUGACCUGAGUGAGACUAUUGCUGAGAUACGCAACCAGUAUGAGCAAGUGGCUGAGCAGAAUCGUGCUGAUACCCAGGACUGGUACAGAACCAAGGUUGACACCAUGUCCCAAGAAGCCAGCAUGAACACUCAAGCCCUUGAGCAGGCCAGGAAUGAGUUGUCAGACCUUCGAAGGCAGUUGCAAGGCCUGGAGAUUGAACGCCAGACUCUCCAGAAAAUGGUGGAUGCUCUGGAGAACACGCUGAAAAACACAGAAGAUCACUAUCUCAGUGGCCUGGCCAAUCUGAACCAAAUUAUUGCUAAACUGCAAGAGGACUUAGCAGCCUGCCAGGCUGAUCUGGAGACCCAGUCCCGAGACUAUGAGAUACUUCUGGACCUCAAGACAAAGCUAGAGAAUGAGAUUGAACACUAUCGUGUUUUGAUUGAGGGUGUCCUAGACAGAGGGGAUGUGUUGAGCUCAGGAAAAGCAGAGAUCAGGAGCCAAAGAAUUAAAAAGGUGGUGGUCUUCACACACAAAAUUGUGAACGGGCAAGAUGUGACCCAGAGAUCUGAAGAAAUAACUCAAUAGGACUUCCUAAUACUUUACCAUCAAUAUUUUUUCUGUUGACUAAAAUAACAACAAGGAAUUCAACAUCCUGUUGUGAUAUUUGCUAACUGAGUCAUGCUAAGUUUUUUAAAUAUUUUUUUUAACUUAUAAUAGAGAUUGAAAGUUACUUAAAUGAUAAUCAUAUUACUACUGAUAUUGUGUUGUUUAUUUCUCUUCUGCUCUUCAUAAUCUUUUGAAAAUGUGGGCAUAAUUCUAUACAUUUAAAAGGAGUGGAACCCUCAAGUCCAUAUAUAUCCUCCAAAGACACAAAGAAAUCCAAGUGUUUCAAUGUAAUUUUUUUCAGAGUUAGUACAUACUGAUAAUUUUCUAUUGCACUGAAAAUACAAAAUAAACCUGACUUACAAAUAAAAGGCAUCUUAUUCACUAUAAUAGCAUUUCACUUAUUUACGUGUAUGAAGUCUUUGGUUCAAACUCACCAGAUUUUUCCAUCUUUGCAACCUGAGAUUUUUAUCUAUUGAGGGCGUGCAUUAAAUUUUAUAUACACAGUUUUAUAUUUCUUUCCCAUAAACCUUUUCUGAUUCUGUUGAACACAAACAAGUAACAAUGAAUACCCCAUUAACCAUGCUGGGUAAGAUAGAAAGAUCUCCUUUAUUAAUGAACCCAACAAUAUUUCUUCAGAUACAGGAAUUGUGAACUCAAAAUACUUGGAAGAAAAACAAGUUAAUAUUGCAUUAUUACCUUAAGAAAUACUGCAACUCAUAACCGGUAAACAUAUUGCAAAGCAAAACAGCUUGAAAAAAGGGGAGAGGGAAGGAGGAAAGAAAAGAAAGAAAAUGGAUCAAAAUGGAAUUAAAGGAUGUUUCAUUUUUUUAAUUAAGUCCUUGCAAGCACAGCUCGAUGCCACAGAUCACUUUCCAAACUUGUGUAGAAAACAUCACCCGAUUACUUCCUUAAGAGCCCAGAGAGGUGCAAUAUUAAAAAGCUACGAUUAUCAGGUAGCAAGUGCUCCAGCCUUCUACCGCAGUUGUUCGAUUCCACCUUGCCUCAGGCUUUAACGGGACGCAAAGGUCUUCCC